AUACAGGUAGAGAGAGAGAGGAGAGAGAAAUGGAGGGAGCGCAGAGAGAUUAAGGAAGAGGCUGCAAUUGCAAAUACCUCGGCUCGGCUCAUUCAUUCCUUAUUCCUUAAACCUUCCGCGCAUCUCUGUCUGUCUGCGGAUACAACACAAGUCGAGACAGGGUCGAUAACAACAUCAGGACUUGCAGCCGUGCGUUUCAUCAACAUGAACAUCUUCUCCAAAAAACCUACCACCAAAGAGGCGGUCCGGGAGAGUAAGCGAGAAAUGGCCAACGCUACCAGAGGCAUAGAGAAGGAGAUCAACACAUUGCAACUAGAGGAAAAGAAGCUUGUUGCUGAGAUUAAAAGAACUGCUAAAACAGGGAAUGAUGCUGCAACCAAAAUUCUUGCACGCCAGUUAAUCCGGCUUCGGCAACAAAUAGCGAACUUACAAAGUAGUCGAGCUCAGAUGAGAGGUAUAGCGACUCAUACUCAGGCGAUGUCUGCACAAACUUCUGUAGCUGUUGGUAUGAAGGGUGCCAGUAAAGCUAUGUCAGCAAUGAAUAAGCAAAUGGCCCCCACAAAACAGGCGAAGGUGAUUCAGGAAUUCCAAAGGCAAUCAGCACAAAUGGAUAUGACUACUGAAAUGAUGUCAGAUGCCAUUGACGAUGCUUUGGAUAAUGAUGAGGCUGAGGAUGAGACAGAAGAAUUGACAAAUCAGGUGCUGGAUGAAAUUGGCGUUGAUGUUGCUUCACAGUUAUCAUCCGCUCCCAAAGGAAAAAUUGCAGGGAAGAGCACUGAGGAUGCCAGCAGUUCAAACAUUGAUGAACUCGAGAAGAGGCUGGCUGCUCUCAGGAAUCCUUGAAUUGCAGUGGCAUUUCCUAAAUCAGUUGGCUGUUGCAAUUACCAUUUAAUGCCAUAGUCUACAAUUCUGUACAUAGUUGUCUUACUACUGGUGAGUGUGAGUAGCAGUUGGUCUCUCCUUUGGCUCCUAUUAAAUUUUUUCCUGGUGACAUUUUUGGGUGAAAUGUGGAGUGGUGUAGCAUCCCUGAUUUGUUUUACGAUAAUAAUAACAAUUGGCUAUCUUCGA